GCAUUUUUACUUCUCUUCUUAUUUUUUGGUGCCAGACGGAAAAAGAAAAGAAAAGAAAAGGGAGUUUCUACAGCAAAGUUGAGAAAGGUUUAAGGGAGAGCUUUUGUUCAACUUGGUUAUGGUAAGGUAAAGUUGGCUUUAAUUUAACUUAGUCCAACUUAAUCUAGAAUUAUAUUGUUAAAAUUAUUUGUGAUGAAAUCGAGCAAGGGAAGAAGUUAAAAAAAAAAAAGAAAUAAGGGUUUUAGACAUGCAAUGCUAUUAAAGUACGUGCAAGUAGAAAUUUACCUCAGAGCUGCACUUCUCUUCUUCUUUGCACGCUCAAACUUUGUCGUGGAUGAUUUUCUGGUUAUAAAUCUGAAAAAUAUUUGAAAGAAUGGAUUUUGUUAGUUAUGCAGUUAUGUUAUUAUGCUUAGAUACAUGUUUAUGUAAGCUAGAAUUUAAAUAAUUCAUUGAAUAAGGAUCAUAAAGGCAUGCUGCAUUUCCGCAUCUAUAUAAAGAGCUCCUAAAGUAACCAGGGGCUGUUCCUAGGGUUAAUUUGGGCUGAAAUAAGUAAAAGAGCUAUGCCAAUUUCUAGGGAUAUUUGUGGUUGUUGCUGGAGUUAACUGGGGCUGAUUUAGAAAUUUGA